AAUAUCGCCAAGGAUUUGGGACUUGAUUUCAGCCAGUUAUCUGCUCGCAAGGCACGCAUUGAUCCCGAGGAUGACAACACACAGCUCUGUGGUAUCAACCUAAACACGGGUGACUUGCUUGUUCAGGAAAGGAUCGACAGAGAGGGACUUUGUGGUAAAAAGGCUUUGUGCGUCUUAAAACAAGAGCUUGUACUGGAAAACCCAAUCCAGCUGCAUCGUAUUAGUAUUCGUGUUGUCGACAUUAAUGAUAACGCUCCACAGUUUAAUGAAGACUCUCUCAAAAUAGAAAUUCGGGAAUCGGCAGACAAGGGAGAGCGCUUUCUUCUCAGAGAAGCACAUGAUGGAGACAUUGGAGAAAAUGCUGUUCAAAGCUACGCUUUGCAGCAAAAUGAUCAAUUUAAAUUACAUGUAAACACUAAAUCAGGUGGACGAAAGUAUUGUGAAUUGGUAUUAGACAAAGAAUUAGACAGAGAAGAUAAAAAGGACAUCAUGCUUUUGCUGACCGCCUAUGAUGGCGGCUCUCCUCAGAGAUCCGGCACUGUAGUCAUACACGUCACUGUGCUGGAUGCGAAUGAUAACGUACCAGUGUUUAGUCAGCCUGUCUAUAAAGCCAGUCUGCCUGAAAACUCUCCUCUUGACACUUUGGUGGUCACAGUGAGCGCAAGUGAUGCAGAUGAAGGAGUGAAUAGCGAAAUCUCAUAUGCGUUUGACCAUGCGUCUGAUGACAAUAUAAAUGUCUUUAGGUUACACCCCAAAACUGGAGAAGUGAGAGUGUCUGGUGUUGUUGAUUAUGAAAAAAUAACAUCACAUGAAAUGCAAAUAAGUGCCGUAGAUGGCCUUGGAUUAAUUUCGUAUUCUUCUUUAAUUAUUGAUGUGAUUGACACAAAUGAUAAUUACCCCGUCGUACAACUAAAAUCACUGUCAAAUUCAAUGGCAGAGAAUGUGUCACCUGGUACAGAGGUUGGCCUCGUUAAUGUACAGGACAGAGACUCAGAGCAGAAUGGACAGGUCCGUUGCUCCAUUCCACAAAAUGUACCCUUUAAAUUAGUUCCUUCGAUUAAAAACUAUUAUUCUUUAGUGACAACUGGACAACUUGACCGCGAACUUGUGUCUGAGUACAACAUUACCAUCAGUGCCACUGACGAGGGCUCUCCUCCUUUGUCCACCUCGAAAAGUAUUCACUUGACUGUAGCGGACAUCAACGACAACCCACCCGUGUUUGAGGAACAGUCCUACAGCGCAUAUGUGAGUGAAAACAACAAAGCUGGCUCCACUUUAUGCUCUGUAAGUGCCCGAGACCCCGACUGGAGACAGAACGGCACCGUGAUUUAUUCUCUGUUACCUUCUGAGGUGAACGGUGCUCCGGCGUCCUCUUACGUUUCUGUUAACGGAGACACAGGGGUGAUCCACGCUGUCAGGUCGUUUGAUUACGAACACUUGAGGAGUUUUCAAGUCCACGUCAUGGCCCGAGACAACGGUUCUCCUCCACUGAGCAGCAACGUGAGUGUCAGCGUGUUCAUAUCGGACGUAAACGACAACUCUCCUCAGAUUUUGUACCCCGCCCCGGAGGGCAACUCCUUCAUGACCGAGCUGGUCCCCAAAGCUGCACACGGAGGCUCUGUGGUGUCCAAAGUGAUCGCGGUGGAUGCCGACUCGGGACAGAACGCCUGGCUGUCCUAUCAUAUUGUCAAGUCCACAGACCCGGGACUUUUCACCAUUGGUCUCCACAGUGGCGAGAUCAGGACCCAGCGGGACAUUUCGGAGUCUGACAGCAUGAAACAGAACCUGAUUGUGGCCGUGAAAGAUAACGGACAGCCCCCUCUCUCUGCCACCUGCUCCAUGUAUUUACUUAUUUCGGACAACUUGGCCGAGGUACCGGAACUGAAGGACAUUUCUUAUGACGACAAGAAUUCCAAGCUGACCUCUUACCUGAUCAUCGCUCUGGUGUCCGUGUCCACCUUCUUCCUGACCUUCAUCAUCAUUGUCCUGGGUGUGAGGUUUUGUCGCAGGAGAAAGCCCAGACUGUUGUUUGAUGGAGCAGUUGCCAUUCCGGGCGCUUAUCUGCCUCCUAAUUACGCAGAUGUUGACGGCACAGGAACUUUACGCAGCACCUACAACGAUGACGCCUACUUGACAACAGGCUCCAGAACCAGUGACUUUAAGUUUGUGUCUUCCUACAAUGACAACACGCUACCUGCUGGCCAGACUCUGAGGAAAAGUCCGAGUGACUUUGAUGAGAUGUUUGGUGAUGCUGAAGGUUCUACUGAGGUAUGAGCAAGACUCACACUUUGUUGUUCUUUCAAUUCAACUUU